AGAGACGAGAUGACCAUCGUGCAUCUGGCAGGGGAGGUCAAAGGAACUGACGGAGACGAAAUUCUCCUGACGAACGGGACUCGAGCGAAACGGCUGCCAAUCUCCCGCGCAUCGACGCCCCACACUGACACUCGACGAAGCCUCCAAGAAGAUGUAAACAAGGACAAGGAGGAAGAGAGAAAGGAGGAAGAGGAGGAGGAGGAGGAAGGGGACAAGGACAAGGAGGAAGAGAGAAAGGAGGAAGAGGAGGAGGAGCAAGGAGGAAGGGGACAAGGAGGAGAAACCGACAGAAUCUCAAGUCUGGCGUCAAGUCCCUUCCAACCCGGUCUUGAAGGAGGACCUGGAGGCUUACCUGAACCGGGUGGUGCGCGGAGCGAAGACCUGCUGGUGGAGUUCAAGAAAAUUCCAGUGGCGUUUAAAAGAUCCACGAGUUAUUUUAGCGCGCCGUCGAACCGAGCGAAGAACAGGUACAGGAAUAAUAUUCUUUACGACGACACCCGCGUGGUCCUCCAAGGCAAGGAAGGCGGUGACUAUAUCAAUGCCAGUUUCGUGCAGGGCUACAACAAGUCCCGUGGGUACAUAGCCACCCAGGGACCCAAGGACUGCAACGACAGCACCAUAGAGGAUUUCUGGAGGAUGAUCUGGGAGCAACACUGCAACACGAUCGUCAUGCUGGCGCGUCUUAUCGAGGGAGGAAAGGUGAAGGUAGCCCAGUACUGGCCAGACGUCAAGAAGAACCAGGUGACUUACGGUGACUUCAGCAUAGCGAUAGUCAGCGAGGAAAAGGAACUUGACUACUUCAUCAGGAAGUUCACACUGACACACGCCGACGAGAGCAGGGAGGUCACCCAGUACCAGUUCAUCGCCUGGCCUGACCACGACGUCCCUCAGGCGCCCUUCACCUUCUCGCUCAUGACGCUGGAGAUCCGGAGACAGAAGGUCACGGGCCCGCUGCUGGUGCACUGCAGCGCCGGAAUAGGCAGAACCGGCACGCUGUUACUGGUGUUGGUUCUCCUCGACCAGCUGGACCAAGAUGGUUACAUAGACGCUCCCUUAGCUGUUGGUUCUCUGAGAAAAGGGCGGCCGCUGCUCGUUGAGAAUCAGAUGCAGUACCGUUUUGCUCAUCAUCUUCUGCUCGAGAUUCUGUACAGUGACGUCACGAAUUAUCCCGUGUCCGAAUUCGUGGAGAUGUUGCCUCAACUCGAUAAAGAGAUUCGAAUACAGUACGAGAAACUGAAAGGGACGGAGAGGAACCUAUCCUUCAGAUGGGCGUUGAAACCCGCCCACGCCAAACUCAAUCGCAACCCGCAUAUUCUUCCUGUGGACGGCCGGCAGGUGUUCCUCCAGAUGGUGAACGGGCAGGCGGAGUCCCAGUACAUCAACGCCGUGAGACUCAACGGCGUGACCCAGCGAGACGCCACGGUGGUCAUGGAGCACCCGCAGCCCGACACUCUCCCUCAGGCCUGGAGGAUGAUCUACGAGAAGAAGGUGUCGGCCUGGGUCCUCCUCAACACCUAUGGCGAGGACGAGGUCGAGGAUUUCCCGUCCGUCAUACCCCAGGCAGAGAUGGACCUCGGAUUCAUAACACUCACGCUCGAGGGAGAAGAGAGCAAGGACUUCUGCCGCGUGUCACAGGUCACCCUCGCGCCCGUCAGAUCGCGGUUCGCCGUGUCGCACUCCGUGCAGGUGCUCCAGCUGUGCGGUUGGCGCCGCGGGUCGGAACUCCCCAGCAGCACCGAGCACCUCCUGGCACUGCUGCAAGACGUGCACGCGAUCAGGAAGAAGUCGCCGAGCAGCCCCGUGGUCUACACCUGCGGGGACGGCUGUACUGCGAGCGGGUUGGCGGCCGCCCUGGAUGUCAUCCUCACGCGGAUCGACCUCCUGCGCGACGUGGAUAUCUACAGGGCCGUGCAGGCGGUCCUCUACGAGCGCCCGCAGUUCAUCGGCUCCCUCGAACAGUACAAAUAUCUCUUCAAGGCCACAGCUGAGAUGAUCAAGAGGAAACCGAGGGAGAAAGAAGAGGAGGAAGCAAUGAUAAACGUGUGAAUGAGACAUAACAACAAGAAGUUUAAAGUAGAUGUAAUUAGCAUGUAGACCCGCUAUGGCGGUGAUUCCAUUGACGUCAUAGACCGUGUUUUUUUUUUUUUUUUUUUCUUCCUUCCCGCCCUAUUUUCUUUUUCUUUCUUUCUUCUGAGAUUUGUUUCUGGUGUGUAUGUGUGUGAUCUUUAAAUUGACAGAAUAUGGGUUAAACAGAGCAACAAAAACGACAAUUAACUGAAAUAAUAUGCUACUACAAUUAGAUUUACACUGCAAAACGGAAUGCUGAAUAACAACAUAUAACGAAUAAGCUGUGAGUUCUACACGCGCCAACACACAAUGAUGUAACUUCCCUUUGUAAACAUCAUUUCCCUUGUGCAAGUCUUCAACCCUGAAUAACUGCUCACUUGUUACCUAUUGUGUUAAUAUUCGUAUAUAUUAGUUUAACUGUCGGGACCAUGCUGUGCCUAAACAUUACUGUGCUGGUACUAUGGUAGAAAAACCUACAAUGCACAAACGAGAUUUCAAUAGAUCUUAUUUUAUGCAUUAUGGGUUUUUUCUACCAGGUUAUUAGUUGUAUUAGAUCACGUGUGUUUGCGUUGAUUUGGCUUGUAUUGUAAGAUGGAGCGUAUUGUUGACAUCAAUGUUUAUAGUAUUACUCUCGUUUGAAACUGUAAUUUUGAUUGACAGUUUUAAGUCUGAUGUUUAACGAUGUAAUAGCUCUUAACGGGGUGUGCGAUUCCCACGUAUAUGGAUGAAGAAAAAUCUAAGUCAGUAGCUUAUUAAAAAAGUACAAAAGUAUUUUCUUUAACACAUAGGCUUUUAUGAAACAUGGU